AUGAUUAGCUUACCUUAUAAUCAACUUUUUGUGUUGUUUUGCAUAUUUAGCUAUUUAACAACAAUAAAUGCGUCUGGUAAAUGUAAUUAUUAUCCAAACUCUUCUAUUAAAUGUAUAACAAAUACAGAAAAUGUCUAAUGUAAAUUACAUUAAAUUAAGUGAUAGGUAAAUAUGACCUUCAAUUAAGAAGGUGUUUAGAUACUAAAUAAUAAAAUUUAGGCUGCUCACCUUAUUUAAAUAAGGAAGCAUGCAUCAAUUAAAUGAGCAAUUUUUAAGGAGAGAAAAUAUAUUGUAUAAAUUAUUUAUCAAGAAUUAGGUGUAUUUUUCGAAAGAUGUUAAUACAUUGAAUAUGCAGAAAUCUAAAAAUUAGGGUGUGAUGAAAGACUUAACAAAUUAGCUUGUAUGAAUCUAUCAACAUAGAAAUGUUUUUGGGACAAUAAAUGUAAAACAAUACAAGAAGAUAUAAAAAAUAAUAGCCAUAAUUAUCAAUAAUUCAGCUUCUCUGUGACACCUUACACUUGUUAAUUAAUUGAAUCUGGUUUAUGUAAGCAUAAAUUUUUAAAUAGUUAUUAAUGAUGGAUUUCAAGGAGAUUUUAAAUGUGUAGAAGUAAGAUUAGAUUAAUUAUCUAAAUUAACAUGUUAAGAGUCAGGUUUAAAUCAAAAUGGCUGUCUGGCUAUAACAACUAAAGAUUAAUAUUGUAAUACUUUUUUUUAUUCAAAAUUAGGCAUAUUUUUAGAUAAUUAAUGUAAAUCAAUAUAACCUGACUAAAUUACUUCAUGCAAUUUAAAAUUGAAUGAAAAUGCUUGUCUAUCAGCAAUAACGUAUAAUGAAACAAAAUUAUUAUGUAAAUGGGUGGAAUCCUCUUGUAGAAUAUUUUAAGAAUAAGAUUAUUAAUGUUAAACUAUAAAUUAAGUGAACAUGUAAGUUUGUUAGCAUUCAUAAGAGUUAUGUAAGUAUAAUGAAGAAUUGAAAAAAUGUAGAACUAUUGAAAUAAAUGAAAUAAAUAACUUAAAAUGUAAUACACCAGGAUUAUCUAAGAAAGCAUGUUUGAAGAUAAAAUCAUAAAAUUGCUCAUUUUAUAAAGGAAGCUGUUAGGAACUUAAAUAAAGCGAUCUUUUAACAUAUUAAUGUGAUAUGGAUUUGAAUGAAUCAGCUUGCAUUAAUUUAUUAAAAAGUUCUCAAUAUUGUUUAUGGAAUGGAAAUAAUUGUGAAGGCUUAUUUAUAAAUUAAGAAAUUGAUUGCCCAUUGAAAUUAAAGUAUGCUGAAAUGAAGGUUAAUGGAAAUGUAUGUUAGGCAAUAUCUAAACCAGAUGUGAAGUGUAAAUACGAUAAAAAUACUUAAUUAUGUAUUGCAAGUUCAUUUGAUGAUUUUUGUGAUACUCCAUUUCUUAAUCAGAAUGGUUGUCAAAGUAUUCAAAAUAAAUAAGCAUGUUAAUGGACAAAUAAAGGAUGCUAAUAUAUUUAAAUUGAAUAUUUAUAAAAUAAAUGUGAAAGCAUAGGAUAUACAAAUUCAUAUGCUUGUUCAUAGAUUUAUGAAAGUAAUUAACUUGGAUGUUAUUUUGAUAAAACAAAAUAGUAAUGUAAAUCAAUACUUGUUGAUUCGGAUGAUAAAUCAAUUAUAAAAUUCUUGAACACAAUUACAUGUAAAGAUUCAUCACUAGGAAUAAAUAAAGUAUUAUGUGCAUCUAUUAAUACUGAAUUUACUCCAUGUAGAUGGUAUUAAGACUAAUGCAUUCAUUUCUCUAAGAAAAGUGAUAUUUCAUCAAUACCUUGUUAGCAUUUAUAAUAUUCCAAUUAUUAAGCUUGUGCUUUAGCUUCAUUUAAAUAAGAACCAUGUAGAUAUUUAGAUCACUUAAAAGGAUGUAUUAAUAAUAUUGAGAAAAAUUCAAAUUGUGAUACAAAAGGAUUGAAUUCUAUUGGUUGUUCAUAAUUGAAACUUCAGUGCUAUUUUGAUAAAAUAAGAUGCAUAAAAGCGAAUUAAAUUGAUAUCAUUACUGAUGAUUCUAAUUAGACAAAUUAGUUAUAAAAUUAAAAUAGAAUUAAUUAUAAUUCUAUAUAAAAAUGCAAUACAAGUUUUCUUACAAAAAUCGAUUGCUCAUCUAUAAUUACAAAGGGAGAGUUUUGCAUUUGGUCAUAUGGAACAAACUCUUGCAUUUCAACCACUGUUAAAUUUAAUUAAGAAUGCUUAGAAUAUGCAGAGAAAGACACGAUAGUCAAUCCAAAUGUUUGUGCAGCAAUUAGUUUAUAUUAUCCGGAGUACUGUGCUUUUAAUUAAGUCACCAAAAAAUGUUAAUUAUUUUCUCAACUUUGUAAAACUAAAUGUUGUACUGAUAAGAGUUAAAUUGGAAUGAAUGCUAAUUCUUGUAGUAGAUUUUCUAGUAAAGAAGUCGGAGUUUAUUGCUAUUUUAAUGAUUUUAGAUGCUAAGAAUUAACAAGUGCAUUUAUUGAUAUAUCUGAUCAAAAUAAUGUUAAAUAAUUUUACAAUGAUUUAAAAUUACCUUGCUCUUCUAUGAAUGUUAAUUCUUGUUAUAUGAUUGAGUGGUCAACUACUUAACAUUGUUAUGAUAAUGGGGAAGUUUGCAUGAAUGUUGAUUUUUCACGAUUUAAAGAUUUAAUGAUUUUUACUCAACCCCCAUCAAUAGUAAAUGAAUUUACUUGUUUAGCAAUUGAAGCAAGGUUAACUAUACACAAUUAUUAAAAAUACUUUAUUUACAAUAAAGAUGCUAAAAGAUGUUAACAAUUGACAUUUAAUUCUGAAUUUUCAUUUGAUAAAUGCGAAGAUGCAAUCGGAAAUAAAAAUAUAUGUACUAGAUAUACUGGCAAUAAUUAUUGUAAAUGGAAUUAAGAUAAACUUAAAUGUGUUUAAAUAACAGAAGAUGAAUUUGGUGAAAUAUUAACUUGUAAUUCAAAUUACAAUAUCAAAAUUUGCUUAGAGAACAAAAAUUCAAGUUGUUUUUUUUAAUAUUCAGAUGAUUAAUGUCUACCAGCUCCUUUAAAUGUUGAUUGUGAUUAUUUUAGCACUAGGGGAUAAGUAAAUUCUUUAGUAUGUAAGUCUCUCAGUAAGUCUAGUCAAUUAUGUGAAUUUUCUGAAGAAAUGAAAAUAUGUAUCUAAUCGAAAACAAACUUUGAAGGUGAAAAUUGUAAUUGCGAUAUUUCAAAGACAAAUGCUAAUAAUAGAGUGUGUUAUAAAAGCACAUGUGGGGAAUGUAGAUGGGAUUCCUCUACUUUAAAGUGUUAUGAAAAUGACAUUGAAAUAGAGCAAUUAAUUUGUUUAGAUAAUUUGAAUAAGAUUCUUUGUUCAUAAGUACAAAAGGAAGCAUGCAUGUGGGAUGAUAUCUUAUUUUAAUGCUUAUAAUUUGAUUCGAUAACAUCUUAAGAAUUUGAGAAAUUAAAUGAAAAUGAAAAUGCAAAUCAUCUUUACAAUGAAAAAGCUUGUUUAUUGAUUUCAGGAGCUGGAUAUUAUUAUGAUAAAGAAAAAAAGAAAUGUAUUAAGAUGGAUGAUAAAAAUGAAUUUACUUGUGAUUAAUAUUAAAUGAAUGAUUAUGCUUGUUUAUAUUUAAUAAGAAAUCACAACUGCUUUUAUGAUAUAAACGAAUAACCACCUAAUAAAUUAUGCAAACCAUUUGAAGAUGAAUAAUCUUAAUGCAAUACUACCAAUUUGAUUAAUAUUGAGGUUUGUAUGAAUUUACCAGUUUCAUGUUAUUUUGAUGAAAGCACUCUUAAAUGUUUACCAUUUUAAGUUCUAGAAACUAUGACUUGCACAUAAUUAUCCGAUUAUUCCAAGAAUAAAAAACAUCAUAACAAAAUUGCAUGUGCAUCUGUCAGCUCAACUUUAACUUAAGUUUUUGAAGAAAAAUUAUGUUCUUAAGAAAAAGAAAAUUUUUAAUAAUGCAGAUUCGAAAAAUAUUGCUAUUGGUCUGCAUAUACUUGUACCUUAUAUAAAUUAUUGGAUAACUAUGAAAAGACUAUCUAAUAACAAAGUCUUACUUGUACAAAUGUUUAAGAAGAGGAUAAUUGUCCUAAUGAAGUCUUUUUAGAAAAUUCAAAUUAUAAAAGAGAAAUACCAAAAAUUACAAUAAAAAAUAUUUGGUAAAAUCGAACCCCCAAUUGCACUGCUAUUGAUUUUUUUUUAAUAAAUGAAUAUUCUUUUACAUCAACUUUAAAUCCAGAGUAAAAAUGCAAAAUUUUAUUUUGCUCUUAUUUUCAAUAAUAAUUUUGUUUAAGUGAUGAUAAUUAUCAAAUAAUUGUCAAUUAUUAAGAUAAUUCAAUUUAAUAAGAAGAUACAUAGGCUCAAAUAACUUUAUUUGAUCAAUCUGAUAUUGAAAAAAGUGCCUGCAUCACCCAAUUUGAACCUCCAUAUAGUUAGACUAUUUCAAGUGAUUGUAUUUAAUAAGAAAAUUUAGUUUUAACAUCUUAUUGUAGGUUAAUAAAAAAUCUUGUUAGAGUUUGUCAUAAAUCUUUUUCAGAAGCGCUUUGUUUAGAAUUAAACAAAGAAAAAGAAGGUUGCUUUUAUGAUAUUAAUUAAGGAGGCUGUAUAUAAUUGAAAGAUAAUGAACAUAAAAUACCAAAUUGUAGUAGCAUAUCAAAUAAUUGUUAUAGAAGUUAAAGCAAAAAUGCAAUUUGUUAAAAUGGAUAACUAAUUAAAUAACCUGGUGAUAAAUGUAUUAGUGUUUAGGAAGAUUAGUAAACAUGUUAAAAUAUAAGCACUUAAUACUCUUCUCCAUUAUGUUCUUAAAUUAAUGAAUAAGAUGCUUAACCAGUUUUAUGUGCAAUAGCAUCAGAUGAUUGUAGAUUUGAUGGAAUAAAUUGUAUUGGCACUCAGCCAGUUCCAUGUGUUUGUGAUAAAAGCUUCAGUAAAUCAUUAUGUGAAAAAUGUGGUUGUGAUUAUAUGUUUCUAGGAUAUUGCCAAUAAUAAAAAGAAUGGGUUCCUUAAUUAAAUUAGGAUUGUUCAAAUAAAUAUUAUUUAUGUUAUGAAGUCACAUAAUUUGUCACAAACAAUAAAUAAAAGGUCUGUGGUCUUGUUGAUUAAGCAUGUAAAUUUACAUCGAAAUGUGAAGAUGCUACUCAUUCUACAUGUAGUGAAUUGAUAGGUUUUAUAGUAUCUUAAUAAGCAUGUAUAAGAUGUACAGGUUUAGGAAUGAAAUAUGAUAAACUCACUUAAAAAUGUAAUCCUAUAGCCUAGAAUAUUGAUAAAUGCGAAAAUCUAAAUAAAUAAGCUUGUCUUUCUUUUUCAAAAACUAUUUAAUGCUAAUGGCAGAAAUUUUAGUCUUCAAAAUGUAAUUAAUAGAAAUAUGAAUAUGGCUGUAUAAAAAUAGCUAAUAUUUAAAAAACAGAUUAAAUAGAUUGUUCUAAUUUGAAUUAUGAUGCUUGUAUUUAAGAAUAAUUAAAUUUAUGCUGGUUUAACUAAGAAACAGAAAUUUGUGAAAAGUAUAAUCCUUUUAAAGGAAGGUGUGAUUUGCUUAAAAGUAAAUCAACCUGUAACUUGUCUAUGGUUGAAUCAUGCUUAUGGGAUGGUAUUAAAUGUUUAAUUUAAUUAUUACAAUCAAAAUGUGAAGGUUUAAAUAAAUUUGGAUGCUUAAAUUUAUAGGAUAAACCUUGUGUUUGGUCUGAUACAACUCAAACAUGUAAUCAAACUAAAUUCCUUGAAAAACAGAUAAGUUGUACCCAAUUCUUAUAAGAUUAAUCUAAUGUAUCUCAUAUGAAUGGGUAAACUUGUACAUUAAUUAAUGCUGAUAAAAGUUGUAUAUUGGGUUAAAACUAUAAAUGUAGAGAAAUUUUAGAACCAACAUCUUAUGAUUGUCAGACUUUAGGAUUAAAUUUAAAAGCAUGCCUCAUAAAAACUAAAAAUUCAUGUGCUUUUAAAAAUAAUAAUUGCAUUUUUACAAUAAAUGUAAAUGAAGGUUGUUAACCAUAUUUAAAUUAAGCAGCUUGUUUAGAUUAAAAUAAUUUUUGCAAAUUCAACGAUGAAAAAUGCUCGGAUUUAAAAUUUAAUACAAUAAAUGAUAUUAUUGGCCUCAAAUUUGCUCCUUAUUCUGAAUAAACAUGUUAUGCUUUUGAUCAUUGGAAGGAGGAUGACUAAAAAGGUCUGAUUUAUAGUUUAAUUUAAGGAAGAUGUUUAGUUGUCUAAAAUUUAAAUAUUAAGCUAACAGAUUGCACAUUACCUGGAAUCAAUAAAUAAACUUGCUUGAACCAAAUAGAAUCUUUUUGCGAAUACAAAGAAAAUCUUUGUUAGUAUAUUAACCCUUCAGAUAUUAAAUUUUGCUUAAAUACAUUAAAUUAAUUUGCCUGCACUCAAGUGAAUGGUAUAUUAUGUAAGUUUUAAAAUAAUUAGUGCUAAAUAUUUAGCGAAACAGAUGAUUUUAAUUGUGCUCUAUAAUAAUUUAGUAACUCUUAGGUUAAUCCUAAAAUAUGCGCUGCAGAUAAAAAAAAUCCAUGUUUUUUUGAUAAUAAAACAAAAUAGUGUGGAUUAGUAGAUGAAAAUUCAAUUGAAAAAUAAUGUUAUGGAUUAAAUAGAUAAGCAUGUAUUUUUAGCUCAAAAGAAUUGCUUUGCUAAUUUAAUGAGGAUGAAAAGCUAUGUGAAAGUUCAUUUGGAUUGUAAAAAUGUGUCAAUCUAGUAAAUAAAAAUAAAUGCCUAGCUAUUAUUACUAAAGGUCAAUUUUGUUACUUUGAUGAUAUUAAGGGUUGUCAAUAGCUUGAUAAAUCAGUUGAUAUUUUUAAAUGUUAGAAUUAAAUUUAAACUAACCCUUAUACAUGCUCUCAAAGCUAAGACAUUCCUUGCUUUUUUGAUAAAAAAUCAAAAAAGUGCAUAGAAUAUAUUUCUUUAGAAAAUCUGGAUAAAAUUACUGAUUUUUCCAUAUUUUAAAACUAUUAAUUAUCCAACAUUUAUUCAUUUAAUAAAAAGACGUGUGAACAAUUUAAUUAGGAAAUAUUUUCUAAAAACUCUUAGCCAUUCACUAAAGAUGUUUUAAUUUUUUGGAAGGAAUCUUGCAUAGAAGUAGCUAGUGCUUAAUUGAACUAUUUAAAAUGCGAUUAAAAUUUAAACAAAAAUACUUGCAUUAGUAUUAAGACCCCGUUUUAAUACUGUUAAUAUAUAAACAACAAAUGCAUAAAUGUUGAUUUAAAGGAUUUUCAAAAUAUGCCUUGUUAGUCUAUCAAAAAUAUAAAUUCAGGGGCAAUUUGCUCUUAAACUUAGGAUGUUGCCUGUUAAUUUAAUCCACUUCAAUAUAGAUGUGAAAGCAUUUCUCUGAACUUUUCCAAUUCUUUUAAAAUAGAAUGCUUAGAAAAAAAUCCUGAAUUGAAAGGAUAUAAUAAGCUAGCUUGCGCUUUAAGUUAUGAUAAUAGUUGUAUUUUUAAGGAUCAAUGUUAUAAAAUUAACAAAUUAGUAUUAUAAUUUUGCGAAGAUGCUUUUGAUAUAUAUUAGUGUACAUUAGUUUAAAAUGAAGGGUGUAUCUUCAAAGAUAAUAAAUGUCUAAAGAUCCUAACUUCAGAUAUUAUCGUAUGUGAAUAAGCAAUUAACAAAAUAGGAUGCACCAAUAUUUAAUUAGAAGGAUAGUAUUGCUAAUAUUUAGAAGACAAAUGUAUUUCUCGCGAUUUAAUAGAAAUUAGUAAAAUUGAAUGUGAUAAAGUUACAAAUAUUAAUCACUAUACUUUUUGUGAAUUUCCUAAAGAUGCAGCAUGUAUUUAUAAUUUAAAAACUUAAUCAUGUUAAGUUGUAUCUGACAUGGAAGAUCUAAUAUGUUAAAGAGGAAUAAAUGAAAUAGCUUGUCUAAAUUUAACAAAUAAGAACUUAAAUUGUUAAUUUAUUGAUUAUUGUUAUGAUUCUAAUUAUGGAAUCAAUAAUUGCAAUAGUUCAAAUAAAAAUUUAUGUUGUCGAGAAGCAGGAUCAAUUUAAAAUUGUUUAAAUUAAAAUUUAUAUAAAUGUACUUGGUAGAAUAAUGAAUGUUUUAGUUAUGAACCGAAAGAGAAUGCAAAUUGUAAUGAUAUUUAAUAUUCAAGCAAAUUUGUUUGUAUUGCAUUUGAAGAUAAUUUCUGUGUUUAUAAUUCAGUUAACCAUAACUGCAAAUCUAUUAAUCCAACUUCUUGUGAUUAAUUAUAAUCAUCCUAAUAAUGUAGCAGAAUGAUUAUUUUGCCAUGUAUUUGGGACAAAGAUUAAAUGAAAUGUGUUUAUUUAGAAAAUUAAGAUAUAAAUGAUGGGUUAAUUUCAAUUAUAAGUUCAGUUUAAAUGAAUUGUGAAGAUGUAACUGCUUAUUUUGGAAGUUAAAGAGCUUGUAUGAAUAUAUUGAAAUAAGGAUAAAUGUGUAUUUAUGAAAAUAAUGAAUGUCAGUCUUUUAAUAAUGUUGAAGGCUAAAAUAAUUGCUUAGAUAACAUUAAUAUUAAUUCAUGUUUAUAAUAAACUAUAAGUGAUUGUUAUUGGGAUUUAAAAUUAUUUAAAGUCUAAAAGUCUCUCGAUGAAAAUGAAUCACAAGCAUAUUACGGAACUUGUAUAAAAUUUGAGAAUUAUGAUAAAAUAGGUUGUGAUUCAAAACUUAGUUAUACUUCUUGUUUAAAAAUUGUUAAAGAAGGUGUAUUUUGUAUUUGGAAAGACUUAAAGUGUUAAACUUUAGAUGAUGAUCCAUUAAUCAUUUAUGAAACUUCAAAACUAUUAUUAAUAAAUUAUAAUUCUUGUGGUUUAGUAAAAAAUGGAGAUAUCGUUAAAUACGAUAAAAAUAUGAAAAUAUGCGUAAAAGUUAAUGAUUUAAAUUCUAUAUCAUGUAUGACUGAAGGAUUAAAUAAAGAUGGAUGUCUUAGUAUUAAAUAGCAAAAUUGUAUUUGGGAUUUAUCAAGAAGAAAAUGUAGAGAAAAGAAGCUCAUUAUUGAUAUAAAAGAUGAUUCAUGUGAAUAAUAAAAUUGGUCUUCUCAUUUAUGUUCAUAAAUAAAUCUAGAUAAACCAUGUGGAUUUAUAAAAGAUGGUUGUAAUUUUAUCGAUAUUUAAUAAGCAAGAUGUACUUAAGAAGGAUUGAAUAAAUUUGCUUGUUUGAAUAUAUAAAAGUAUCCUUGCAUUUGGAUUAAAAAUUUAAAUGAUGAAAAUUAUCAUUGUGAAGAUUACAUUCCUCAUCUCUCCUGUAAUUAAAUUCCUUAAAAUGUCAAUUCUAAAGUUUGUUCAAUGGUUAAAGAAGGUGCUUGUUAUUAUAAUUUACAAAAAUUGAAAUGUGAAGUUCCUAAUAAAAAUGAAACUAAUUGUGAAUUGAUGGGAUUAAAUAUUAUUGGAUGCGUUUAAAUUGAAAUGUGUUUUUUUGAUUAAAAAUGCUAAUUAUUAAAUAGAAAUAAUUAUAAAUGUGAUGAUUUUCCAAUAGCUAAUAAAUUAAUUUGUAAGAAUGCUAUUGAUUCUUGUAAAUAUAAUGAAAUUGUUUAUGGAUGUUCAUAUGCUUAUGAUGAACUUUGCUCAAAUGAUUCUUUAAGCAUGAUUGCAUGCUAGAAUUAGAAACAUUGCUCAUAUUUAGAUAAUAAUUGCUAAUGUUAAUUAUACAUUGACGAAUAUGAUUGCAAUAAUAUUACAAAUAUUAAUAGCUGCUAAGAGUAAAGCUAUUGUAUUUUUUAAUAUAAUACUUCAAGUAGUGAAAUUGAUAUUUAAUAUAAUCAUAAAUGUAGAUAAAAGACAUGUUAAGAUUUUAAAGCAGAUAAAUGUGAUAAUAAUAAAAUUCUAGGAAUUACUUGUUACUGGAACAAUUCUGAAUAAUGUUAAUCAGCAUCAAAAUGUGAAGAUAUAAUUCACUCUACUUAUGAAUGCUCUUAAUAUUAAUUUAAUGGUAGGCCUUGUUAAAUGAUUAAUAAUAAAGGAUUUUGUGAAUAAUUUUCAUGUGAAAAUUUUAGUUAGGAACUUUGUUCUAAAUAUUCAUAAUUUUGUAAAUUUGAUUAGAGUUGUAAAACAAAAUAAUGUCCUGAUUAUAUUGAGGAAAAUUGCAUUUAAAAUGAUUGUAAUUGGAAUAUAAUUGAAGGAACUUGUUAAUAAUAAGUUGAAUGCUCUUAAAUUCAAAAUGAAUCUGAUUGUAAUCGCUAGAAAUACAAUAAAAGAACAUGCUUUUGGGUUAUAUAGAAUGAUAACUAAUUUUGCACUUAAAACAGAUGUCGCCAUCUCGAUAAUUCUAUAUUUUGUUCUGGCUCACGUUUUGUUAAUGAAUAUUGUGUUGAGUUAAGUGAUUCUACUUGUGUAUCAUGUGAAGAAAUUUUAGAUAAAUGCGAAUGUAUUUAAUAAUCUAAAUAUUGUUAUUAUGACAUUAAACAAAAUAAUUGUAAGUCUAAGAAUUGUGAGUCUUUUAAAAAUUAGGAAGAAUGUCCUGAUAAUUUAUGUUCAUAUUAUGAUCAUGUAUCUUUUAUUAUUCUAUAUUUAGAAAUGUCAAAAUUAAUGUUAAUAUAUAUAUAAAGAAGAUCAAUGUAAGAAAAUUAAUAGAUGUACUUGGAAGAGUGAAUAACAGAAAUGUCAAGCAUUAUGUGAAAAAUUUUCAGAUGAAUCAUAAUGUUAAGAGAUGAAGGAAUGUUUUUGGAAUGAUGAUCAAUUGAUUUGCCAAAAUAACACCAAUUCUUAUGAGAUAGAAAAGGAAAUAAAAAGUCAUUUGCUUAGUUUAGCUUUAAUUUAGUGGAUUAUGAUAUGA